AUGUUCAGCGAGCCUGACGCAGGAACGGAGGCAAUAGACGCACUCAACGACGCCUAUCAACAGCUUGCGCUCCCUUCCUCCCGUCCAACUUCAAUGAAACCAGAGCCAAAGUCAAUCUUUACAUCCCGGAAAGAUUUUAGCAGCCAAUCAAAUCAAGAGCGGACCUUCCCACUAGACAACCAUUCGGUCUCUUCGACGACAUCGACCUCGACUUCGCCAUUUAAGAUAACGGCCAUCCCUGACAACACCGCUGGAAAAGGCAAGGCGGUAGAUCUGCAGACGAACAUACAAUACAGAAACUCCCAGGUUGGAACAAUAUCGAAUAUUACAGAGGGGGUUUCUAGAUUGCAGCAAGCCGCGGGGACUGGCAGCGAAGGAGAGGUCAAGAUUGGGACAGAGCGUGGUCAUUCGUGGAAUAUCCACCGAGGGCAACAUACAGCGAGCUCAGGCAAGGGCUUUCCUCCAACUCAAGAGCCAGAGCGGCUUCCAAGUCGACCACCCCUAUGCAUCACGCCAACGAUACCGCAGGCCUCGAAACACCCAAGGUCCGAUGAGGACGGAACUAGGGCAAUUCCAUCUUUAGAACGGCCAUCAAAAAGGAGCCAUUCCAAACUGAGAUAUCGACGUGCCGUUGACCCCGAACUUCUUCAACAGGCAAUCAUCACACCUAGUGUUGGGCAACCCCCUUCACCCCUGUUCUUCUCGCAUAGCUCGAGGCAGCGGCCGCUGCUCCCCCAGGGCUUCUCCAGCUCCGAAGCUGUAACUAGAAUGAUCAACAAGGGACGCGAUGAGGCUGGAGGAAUCACAACGUUAAAACUUGCCCGUGGCAGUGUAAUCAGCAAUGCUGCUAGCCCUACGCGCUCUACGAGCACGUAUAGUAGUCUGGCGUCUCCGGACAUGUCUAAUUUCUCGAGGAGUUCAGAUACGAGGGAAAAGUCACCCGGAAUGCAUAUUUUAAACACCGUUGGGGUCAUCGAACUUCUAGAACAGGACGAGCGACCAACAUUUAUUAUAGAUGUAGCCAAUCCGGCGAAUUUCGAUCCAGGGGGCCCUCUAAUCAUCGUUUUUGCGAAUGCGUCCCUCCGUGCAUGCGAAGAAAUAUUGGACACUGUUACAAGCAAGGAGGUAUUGAGCAAUCCCGGUAUUGUCUCCGACUUUCCUGAGUUCAAAGCCUGGGCAUUAAGCUUUGUAAAGAACAACAAGUCACUCGAUAUUUCUCUACCUUCAUUUUCAUAUGAGGGCCUCACUUGGACGUGUAGUACAUUGAGGAAGCGACUUCGUAUCAUUCGUGGCAGUGAGGGUACCGUCGCUGUCGGGGCGUGGUCAUCGAGCUCGAAUGGAGCACCGAGUAGUUCAUCGGCACUGAGCAACAGGUCUCGUCGGUAUCCAUUGUCCACCGUUGAAGCCUCACCGCUUGACCAUUACUCAGAGCCUCUAGACUAUUUUGGCGAUGCUGUCAAUCGAAACGACUCCACCUCUAGCACUACGCCGCAGCAACCGGCAUCAAGCCCACUUCAUGUAGCCGAUCUCGAGAGUCCUAAACAAGCCGUGGCAGGUACGCAUCAGGGAACACUAACAAACGACUUGAUGAUUCCAAGGUAUCCCGACAAUCCAUCCUUUGACUGGACGAGACUUUCAAUGUCCGCUGCUCUUCCAAAGCAUAUUCAAUUUGCUCUAAGUGUGGAUUGGGCGGCUACUCCCCUAGGACCUAUUGAGGGCUGGGGUUUUGAUCUGAGAGCCAUGUGUAAUCUCGUAAUGGGCUCACCUCAUCCGGCGGCGAUGUACUGGGGCGACGAGUAUAUCGCCAUUUACAAUGAAGCGUAUAUCAUGAUAGCCGGUCAAAAACAUCCGCAUCUAAUGGGUCAAAGCUACAAGGCCGCGUGGGCAGAGAUUUGGGACGAGGUCGGAGAUGUUAUCUCUAGCGCUAAGGAGUCUGGUCAAUCGAUUAUGAAAGAUAACGACUGCCUUUUCCUGCGAAGGAAUGGCUACCUCGAAGAGUCAUUCUUCUCUUGGUCCAUCGUUCCAUUAGUAGGAGAGGAUGGGUCUGUUGUAGGACUGUACAAUCCUGCAUUUGAAAUGACUCGCCGAAAGAUUGCUGAGCGAAGGAUGCUUACGCUGAGGGAGAUAGGAGACAUGACCGCCGCUGCAUGCGAGGUCAGAAGCUUUUGGGGCCAGGUCAUUAAGGGACUCGAAUACAAUGAAUACGAUGUCCCUUUCGCAUUCCUCUACUCCGUCAGCGACGAUUCCGAUAGCGAUAUGAGUUCUAUCCAUAGUGGCUCCCUGGCGCAGGCUCCGCAGUGCGUACUCGAAGGAACAAUUGGAGUCCCCGAGGGCCACAAGGCUACUAUGAGUCCGUUGGAUCUUAAAGCAGGCGAGACUGGCUUUGUGCCCUAUCUGCGCGAGUCUAUGAAAACCAAUAAACCCAUUCUCUUGACGACCGAACACGGAACUCUAUCAUCUGAUUUGAUCGACGGCCUUGAGUGCCGCGGCUUUGGUGACCCAUGUCGCGCCGCUGUGGUAUGUCCUAUCCAACCGACAACUGAAGAAACGAUACUUGGAUUCCUGGUCUUGGGAAUCAACCCACGACGGCCUUACGAUGAUGACUAUAGCCUUUUUGUUCAACUGUUAAGCCGCCAACUUGCUACAUCAAUGGCCUCAGUCGUGCUUUUCGAAGAUGAAAUACAACGAGGUCAACGUGCAGCGCGCCUCGCUGCCCUGGAUCGCCAAGAGCUAUCCAAGCAGCUCGACCUCCGAACACGAGAGAAGAUGGAGAGUGAGACCAAGUUUACACGAAUGGCAGAGUUUUCUCCUGUUGGAAUGUUUAUUGCCAAUUCUGAAGGCCAAAUAACGUAUAGUAAUUGCACAUGGUGGGAAAUAUCUCGACACCCCAGGAGCGGGCCUAAUAGUGCAGACUCGUGGAUGGAUAGCGUUAAGGAUGAAGACCGGGAGAACCUACAAAAGGUAUGGAAGACGCUAAUCGAAGGAACGACUGCCAUUACGCACGAAUUCCGGUUUAAGGCUCCCUGGCAUGACCGUAACGGAAACGUCGGGGAGACAUGGGUAUUACUGAACGCUUAUCCGGAAAAGGACGACGAGGGGCAAUUGAAGAGCGUGUUUGGAAGUAUCACAAAUAUCUCUUCCCAAAAGUCCGUCGAAGACUUUCAGAAACGGCGGAUGGAAGAAGCAAUCGAGUUGAAGAGGCAACAGGAAAACUUUAUUGACAUGACUUCGCAUGAGAUGAGAAACCCCCUCUCGGCAAUUCUCCAAUGCAGCGAUGAGAUUACCACGUCGCUGGCCGAGUUUAAUGACAAAGGCGGGAGGUCGAGAUCAGCUGAGAGACUGCAAGAGAUGUUGGAUAAUAGUCUUGACGCGGCUCAAACUAUCACUCUUUGUGCCCAGCAUCAGAAACGCAUUGUUGAUGACAUUCUCACCCUCUCUAAACUCGAUUCAGCACUUCUGGUGGUUACGCCUAUCAAGGUACAUCCGGUCGAAGUUGUGCAACGCGCUCUGAAAAUGUUCGAAGGAGAACUCGAGACCAACGGCAUUACCAUGGAGUUCCGUAUCGAACAAUCAUACGUCGAUUUAGAUAUUGACCAGGUCAAACUAGACCCUUCACGACUGAUCCAAGUCCUAAUCAAUCUUACGACUAACGCCAUGAAAUUCACGCAAGCCCAAGAGAGGAGAACUAUUAUCGUCAGCAUUGGUGCCAGUAAAGAGCGCCCCAAGAGCAGCGAAUCCGGCGUCACAUACUUCCCAAGCCGCUCAAAAAGCAAGGACAUAAAUACAGAUGAUGUAGAAUGGGGCACCGGGGACAAUAUCUUCCUUACUUUUGCUGUCCAAGAUACCGGUCGCGGAUUGGAUGAAAAUGAGAAGAGGUUGCUCUUCCAGAGAUUCCGUCAAGCGAGCCCCCGUACUCACGUCCAAUAUGGCGGUAGCGGCCUUGGGCUAUUUAUCUCGCGAGAACUCACCGAGCUGCAAGGGGGUGAAAUCGGAGUAUCAUCCGAACGCCACGUCGGAAGUACGUUUGCGUUUUAUAUCCGGGCUCGGAAAGUUCCAGGUGGUGUAGUCGAAAGUCCUGAGGAUGCCGAGAUGGCCUCCCUGAGAGGAUACUUUUCCCACUCUGCUAUUACUCUUGAAAAUAUAAGGAACCAUUGCGGGAAAGCUAUAAGCCAGUCGGACGCGACCGGCCAACCAAGCACGGUACCAUCAAAAGCACCCAUGGCUCCACCACUAUCACCCCUCGAUCGCAGCGGAGUCAAAAUCUUAAUCGUGGAAGACAACCUAGUAAACCAACGCGUCCUCCAAAAACAGCUCAAGAACGCCGGAUUCGGCACCCAAGUCGCCAACCAUGGCGGCGAAGCUCUCGCCAUCCUCAAGAAUUCCCGUUCCUGGUCAGGGCGGGAGAAUGAUGGAGUCGACCUCUCUCUCAUCUUGAUGGAUCUAGAGAUGCCGGUGAUGGACGGUCUCACGACUACGCGGAAAAUCCGGGAUUUUGAAACCGAUGGCACGAUCGUGAAGCAUGUGCCGCUUAUUGCCGUUACGGCCAAUGCUCGGUUGGAGCAGAUCGAGACAGCUAUUAAUGCUGGGAUGGACGACGUUGUCUCAAAACCUUUCCGUAUCCAGGAACUCAUCCCCAAGAUCGAGGAGCUCGUCUCGAAGAGUAAUGCAGGGACUCCAUCGCAGUCUACAUAA